AUGGCAACCACGAGCAGGCGUCUACAGGAGCCUGUCGUCGUACAUCAAGACGAGCCAGAUUACCACGACGAAACUACAGAGGACGCCAUGGAAGAAGAAAUGGACGAGAGCAGAGGUCCUUUAGAGGAAAGUGGGGCUACCAUCACCGACGACGAGGACGAGGACGUGGAAGAUGUCGUGCUCGACGACAUUGAGAAGUUCGAAGCGAGCUUCAAAAACAUCACCAAACGCUAUCGACUGAUCAACCGCAUUGGCGAAGGCACUUUCUCGACAGUCUACAAAGCCGAAGAUCUGUUGUACGACGAGUACCGCAAUGACUGGGAUCUGGAUGCCGACAAGGAAAACCGCAACGGCGACUCGAAGUCUUUGACCAACGGACGGCCGAAAGCACGAUAUGUGGCGAUCAAAAAGAUUUAUGUCACUUCCUCGCCGCAACGCAUUCUAAACGAGCUGGAGCUAUUGCACGACCUUCGAGACUCAGAAAAUGUCUGCCCACUCAUCACCGCCUUCCGAGACACAGAUCAGGUCAUUGCCGUUCUCCCUUACUUUCAGCACAAGGACUUCCGGGACUACUAUCGAGACAUGAGCUUUUCAGACAUGCGGAUAUAUUUCCACAGCCUCUUCACUGCGCUCAAAUCGGUGCACGCGUGCGAGAUCAUUCAUCGGGAUAUUAAGCCGACGAAUUUCCUCUACUCGCCUUCAGCACAACGUGGCGUGCUCGUCGACUUUGGUCUGGCGGAGCGAGAAGGCACAGACCAUUUGCCUUGUGCGUGCGAAUGGGAUCACACAAAGCGUCAACACAGAUACGAAAACUCUGUCUACGCAAGCACAAUUGCAGCAGCACAAGCAGCGGGCCAACAAGCCCCAAAGCCCUCAUACCCGAAAGACGACAACCGCCACUCAAGACGAGCAAACAGAGCAGGCACUCGAGGCUUCCGUGCUCCCGAAGUCCUGUUGAAAUGCACAGCUCAACUCACAGUAAUCGACGUCUGGAGCGUCGGCAUCAUCCUCCUCACCUUCCUAACCAAGCGCUUCCCCUUCUUCCAUUCCGCAGACGACAUCGACGCCUUCAUCGAGCUCUGCACAAUCUUCGGGCGGAGAAGAAUGAAAGAAGCCGCACUCUUACACGGCCAAGUCUUGGAAACGAACAUCCCCACAGUCAGCGAGAAUGGCCACAGCUGGGAGAAAAUCAUCUUGUGGUGUACAGGACGUUCUAAGAAGGAAUCCGAAGAACUCAUCUCAGAUGACGAGCAUGAAGCCAUUGCGUUCAUGAAAGAGUGUCUCGAGCUCGACCCUGGCAAGCGGAUGACUGCUGCAGAGGCUCUUGAGCAUCCGUGGUUGAGACUCGAGUCGGACGAUGGAGAGACGAAUAGUAGCGAUGGACUCGCACCAAAAGCAUGA